UGGAAGUUAACUAGUAUACAAGGAGUGCCGUAGCCUCUAGUAAUAUUAUUCUUUCUUUUGUUCUCGACAAGUGGUACAAUUGCAAUGAACUUGCAAGAAGAAAACAAAAAAGACUAGUAACUUGCUAUAUUUGUCGAUUGGAUUAGCAUUCUUACUUUGAGCAAAAAGUAGUUGGCUUCUCUAAAAGUAUUUCCUUUUUUUAGAAACUUAAAGAAAUACAAAAACAACAUAGCCGGAGAAUCUUUAGAGACCUUGAAUUAAUUAAAAAUUUAGAAAUAAACUAAUUAACUGUCUAUAUAAAGAUACAUACUUACUUUGGUUGUCAUUCUCUUCUUUAGUUCACUACGAACAUUUUGCUACCCUAAACAUAUCUCAGGUGAAAUUAACGAACAUGCAAUCAAGUGACUCUAGGGACAUGAACCAAGCGUCAGUAGAGCAUAUGAAAAGCGACGCUAAAUUGAUGGUGGUCAUUAAGGCUGUUGAUAUGGAAGAAGAAAUGCAGCAAGAUGCGGUACAUACAGCUGUGCAAGCUAUGGAGAAAUUUACAGUUGAAAAGGACAUUGCUGCUUUUGUGAAAAGAGAAUUUGACAAGAAAUACUCGCCAACUUGGCAUUGUAUCGUUGGCAGAAAUUUUGGCUCCUACGUGACACAUGAGUCUCAUAGAUUUGUUUAUUUCUACUUGGGAACAAUUGCUUUUCUAUUAUUCAAGUCUGGUUGACGAGAAAAAAAAAGUUUCAUCAUGCAUCGGCAUUGUGGGUCCGUAUUUAUUUAAUUUGGAUAAUUAGAAUUAUUUUCUAAUUAAUUUGGAAGUCUCUAAAACAGAAAGCUUUUAGCUAGCUUGCAUAUCUAACUUAAUUAUUUUCCUAAAAAUAACUUGUGUUACAACAAUUACGCAGCCUUCUGUAUAAAAUUAGAAGCCAUUUAUGGCUUUAAAGUGUUUAACUUAUGGAUUAGGUGGACAAGAUAUAUGCUUGGCACAAUACUUGUGUCGUUUUAUUCUGGUCAAUUAUGAAUUUUCAUGAAUCAGCAGCAGCUUUUCAACGUCUUGAGGAUAAAAUAGUAUAAGUUACGGAUCUUCGAGUGACUUGAUGGAUUGGUAUAUUGCAGGAAUAGAAACUUUGUGAGGCAAUACUCAAAACACUGACAGCUUGUCCUUGUAACUCAUUUAUCAGUGAAUUUUAUGUGUCUUAAGAAAGAAUAUACAUAAUUUUCUACUAAUUUCCGUUUGUUUGCGAAACUCUCAGUUAAUUGUAAUUCAUCUUUAGAGAAAUAAAGCUUUACCGUCGAAGAACGAGCCAUUACAGGCGAACCACACUAGAAUCUCAUGAGGAUACUGAAAUUGAAAUUACUUUUCUAUUCUGUCAGUUGUUAAGCUCGAUUCAACUCGCUGUACUUUUUUGUAGCAUUCUCAUCACGCACUGCAACCGUGUUUGCUUUUAAAAAU